AUGAAGACCAUUUCUUUGUUUAUUGCACUAGCUACGGCUGCAUUUGCUCAGCAAAGGACACUUUGUGAUCAAUAUGGUUACUUUGCCAGCGGCAGCUACAGUGUCAACAAUAAUCUUUGGGGGAAGUAUUCUGGGACUGGCUCUCAGUGCACUUACGUCAACUCCGCCUCGAAUUCAGGCAUCUCGUGGUACACCACUUGGGCCUGGUCUGGUGGUGAGAACAAUGUGAAGAGCUACGCCAACUCGGGUUAUAUUGGCCUGAAGAAGCAGCACAUCAGCGAUAUCAGCAGCAUUCCAACUUCUGUAAAAUGGAGCUAUGACAACACCAAUAUCCGUGCCGACGUCUCCUAUGACCUUUUCACAGCGGCCGAUAUUAACCACGAUACCUCUAGUGGUGACUAUGAACUCAUGAUCUGGCUGGCUAGAUACGGCAAUGUUCAACCCAUAGGUUCCAAAAUUGCGACGGCCACUGUUCAGGGCAAGACCUGGGAGCUGUGGUAUGGCGCCAAUGGCUCGCAGAAGACGUACAGCUUUGUCGCUUCGAGCCCUAUUACAUCUUGGAGCGGGGAUAUCAAAGGGUUUUUUGACUACUUGGCUGUACAUGAACAAUUCCCAACCAGCUCUCAAAACCUCAUCACCAUGCAAUUUGGGACAGAGCCAUUCACUGGCGGGAAGUCUACAUUCACGAUAUCGAAUUGGUCUGCCAGUGUGAAAUGA